CUGUUUUUUUUCUGUUUGAAGAGGGUUCCAGUCUCGUGACCCACAGUACUCAGUCUUCUGAAGAAAGUCCAGUCUACUGUGCUGUCACCUUCACCAAAGGACAUGGAGAAGUUGUUUGAAAGGCCCUUUAUUCUGUCUAAGGAUGAAAUGCCUAUGGUUCCUUCCCAGGAGAAGCCAGAUACAAAUUCAUGCCCUCAUGCACCUGGCAAAAACUGUGUCUCUGGUGAGAGGACCAAUGGGAACUGCAAAGCUAAUGAGAAGGAAAGGGAGUGGAUCCGCCCUGAUACACCUAGCAGAUGUACAUGGACUGGGAAACCCCUCUCUGCCUCACCCCAUCGUCAUACUACUCUGCCAGAGCCUCUGAAAAUCCUGCCAAGCAUCCUGGAUAAAGUUGGCAAUACACCUUUGGUGCAAAUCAACAAGAUUGGGAAGCAGUAUGGGCUCAAGUGUCAACUCUUGGCAAAAUGUGAGUUCUUCAAUGCUGGGGGCAGUGUGAAGGACCGUGUCAGCCUGAGGAUGGUAGAGGAUGCUGAGAAGGCUGGGAUCUUGAAGCCUGGGGACACAAUCAUAGAGCCAACAUCUGGAAACACAGGAAUUGGGCUGGCCUUGGCUGCAGCAGUGAAGGGUUACCGCUGUAUCAUUGUGAUGCCAGAGAAAAUGAGCAUGGAGAAGGUGGAUGUCUUGAGAGCUUUGGGUGCUGAGAUUGUGAGGACCCCAACUACUGCUAGAUUUGAUUCUCCUGAAUCUCAUGUGGGUGUAGCAUGGAGACUGAAAAACGAAAUCCCCAAUGCACACAUACUAGACCAGUACCGUAAUGCCAGCAACCCCUUGGCACACUAUGAUACCACAGCUGAAGAGAUCCUGCAGCAAUGUGAAGGAAAAAUAGACAUGCUGGUGGCUACGGCUGGCACAGGAGGCACUAUUACUGGCAUCUCCAGAAAGCUAAAGGAGAAGUGUCCAGGUUGCAAAAUUAUAGGUGUUGAUCCUGAAGGCUCCAUCCUUGCUACACCAGAAGAACUGAACAAGACUGACAAGACAGUGUAUGAAGUGGAAGGAAUUGGAUACGAUUUUGUCCCCACAGUGUUGGAUAGAUCUACAGUGGACCAGUGGUACAAGAGCAAUGAUGAGGAGUCAUUUACUUUCGCACGCAUGCUGAUCCGAGAGGAAGGACUGCUGUGUGGUGGCAGCUCAGGCAGUGCCAUGUCUGUAGCUGUGAAGGCAGCCAAAGAGCUGAAGGAAGGUCAGAAAUGUGUUGUAAUCCUUCCUGACUCUAUCAGGAACUAUAUGUCCAAGUUCUUGAGUGACAAAUGGAUGAUUCAGAAAGGGUUCAUGAGAGAAGAGAACCUUGGUAAAAAACCUUGGUGGUGGAACAUCAGUGUUCAGGAACUAAGCCUCUCUGCUCCCCUUACUGUGCUUCCAACUGUUACCUGUGCAAAGACUGUUGAAAUUCUGCGGGAGAAGGGAUUCGACCAGGUACCAGUUGUUGAUGAAUCUGGGGUGAUUUUGGGCAUGGUUACCCUGGGUAACAUGCUUUCUUCACUGCUUGCUGGAAAAGUUCAGCCUUCUGAUGAAGUCAGCAAAGUAAUCUACAACCAAUUUAAACAGAUUAACCUGAAAGACAGCCUGGGGAAACUCUCUCAUAUCCUGGAAAUUGACCACUUUGCUCUAGUGGUUCAUGAACAAAUUCAUAUCACACUGAGGGUUCCUCUAGCAAGCGGCAAAUGGUGUUUGGCAUCGUUACAGCCAUCGACCUGCUUAACUUUGUGACUGCACGAGAACGGGAAAGAAAGUCCACCUAAAGACAAGCAGCAACAUGGAGCCUUUUC